AUGGAAGAAGAGGAAGGACUUAAGGAAAAUGUGGAAGCUGAAGAAGUGGAGAAAGAAGUUAUAGAGGAAAAGAGAGUGUGCACGGUUGAUGGGUCUAGCCUCCAGAAUAUUGAAGUGUAUUUGAAGUGGGAGGCUUCAAAAGAGAAUCCAGGGAAGUUCAUUACAACACUUAAGGUUGUAAAAGAUGCAAGCCUUGCUGACCUGCGAAAGUUGAUUGCAAUUUAUCUUGGUGCAGACAAUCAAGCAUUCAUUUUUCUCAUGCUUGGGGACCCCACUGGAGCUUCAGUACCAAAGGAGAAGGAAGCAACAAUUCAGGUCACUAAGCUUCCUCUAUGCAACAAUAAAUCAAAUGGCUACCUUGCUAGUUUGAGACCACUGAAGGGAAUGCAAAGCCCAAAAAGAAAACCAGGGCGCAGUGGUCAUCUUCUUCACAAGAACUGCGUCUCAGGCAGCCUCAGUUGCAGCUGCAAGAGAUUUUCCGGCAAGGGGAGGUGCAGCUGCACCUCCUUGCUCCUUAAUAGGUCCAUCAGUAACAGCUUUAGUUUGCAGCAACAGGAAUCAAGGGCAGCUUGUGUUUUGCAAACAGCAUGGCGCCGCUAUAAAAGAGAGAAGCUUCAAAAGUCUCCUAGGUUGGCUAAAGAGGGUAGUCUUUCUGCCACUGAUCACCAUGCUGUCUCAGAAACACAGCAUAAAUAG